CAAUUUAGUAAACAAAUCAACAAAUGCACCGGUUGCAUUGUCGAUGGACUGAAUUUCAUUCCUCUUCUGCCUUUUGCUAUAGAGAAUGGACACCCGGGGGGUUUUCGCUGAUUAUCUGCCUCAGAUUGUUGCCUCUUGGAAUCCGCAGUGCAGCGCAGUCAACAGAAGCGUCAUUCAACAGUUAGGACAGCAGAUUGUUGCUUUGGAGGAGGACUUGUGCCGACUUCGGAAGAAUUUAAAAAAUGAUGUCGAAGUUUUGGUGACUCUCUCUACCAAAGAGAAAGAAAUCGAAGCUCUUCGAGAGUCGACAGUGCAUUUGGAAAAAGUUUUGCUCAAAGCCAACCAGCGAAUUUUGGACUUGGAGCAGCAGAAUGAAAAAUUGACAAUCCAGCAGCACAGUGAUAGACAAGUUAUCAAAAAUCUGAGCAGCAGAUUGAAAAUAAAACCGAAAGAUUUGGCUCGAGAAGUUGCAGGGGCCGAAUGGGACCCAAAUGACGCCGCUGUCGCCUUGGAGAAACUCACGUUAGCUAAAAACUAUCAAGCGUUGAAAAGGAAGUUUGAAGAAAACAGCAGGGUCCAUGUGAUUGCAAUUGAAAAACUUGGACAGUCACAUAAGCUAUCAUUGAAGGAAAAAAUGACGGACAUUGAAGAAUUGAGGCAAAGAAACAAAGAGCUCCAAUCUCGAUUGGAGGAGCGAAGAAGUAGUAAUUUGGACAAAAAAGCUCUUCAGCUGGAAGGUAUUCAACGAGAUUUUGUAAAAGCCGUGCAUUCCAGGGUUGACCGAGCAAAAGCUUUAAAAACAGGCAAGGAUUUCCAUCAGCACGAAUUGGUUAGAAUUGUCGACAGUCUAGAGAAAGAGAACAAAGAAAAGGACAAGCAAUUGGAAGAGAGCAAGAAGAAGAUUGCUGAGCAAAUUCAAUAUUUCAAGCUUAAAUUGAAACAACUGCGAGUAAGGAAAAAGCGUGAGGAAGAAGGGCUUCGGAAUCAUGUUUGCCUCCUCGAGGACCAGAUACGCAAGCUGAGAGCACAGAUCCAAAGUAGCAAAUCAAACUCGAACGACACCUCUGACAACGAGCAGAGUUAAAUUUAAGUUCUUGAUGAUACAUUUUUUUUUUUUUUAAAUGAACUGAUUCUGCAUAAAACUUUUGUGUCAUAAAAAAAAAAUUAUUAAAAAAUCUAAAUAAAUAAUA